AUGCCAGAUGGCAAUCAGGAAUUACUUCCCUGUGAAGUCUGCGGAAGAUGCUUUGCAGCAGAUGUUCUGGAAAGGCAUGGACCAAUAUGUAGAAAACUCUUCAACAAGAAGCAUAAACCUUUCAAUUCCUUGAAACAAAGAUUACAGGGCACCGACAUUCCGAUUUUGAGGAAGCCUCCUCAAUCCAAGCCCCAACCUGUGAAGAAAUCAAACUGGAGACAACAACAUGAAGACUUCAUUAAUGCGAUUCGAUCAGCAAAGCAGUGCACACUAGCCAUUAAAGAAGGCCGGCCUCUCCCACCUCCGCCUCCUCCUUCCAUCAACCCAGAUUAUAUUCAAUGCCCAUAUUGUAUGAGGAGGUUUAAUGAAACUGCAGCCAACCGUCACAUUAAUUUCUGCAAGGAUCAGUCUUCUCGCCGAGUCUUUGAUCCAGCCCAAACAGCAGCCAAGCUGGCAUCCAGAAUGCAGGGUAAGGCUCAGAUGGGCGCCAAGAAAGAACCAACUGUAACUAGUGCCGUGGGUGCUCUGCUACAGAACAGGGCCCUGGAGGCCUCAAGUGCGGCUUCAGCCAGGCCAGGAUUAGCAGUGGACCCUGCUUCUGGAGCAAAACUCAGACAAGGAUUUACCAAAGCUAAGAAAGAUUAACUGCUGGAGGCCAGACUGUCUCCCUGAAACCCAGCAGCCUGACGGCUGUGUACCCAGGAAUGCCAGCGAAGGGGAAGGAAAGGGGGACGUCUGCUUACACACCCAAGAUUCCUUGUGAGACAUCAUGUAGAACAAGUGAAAACAAGCUUCAAAUUUUAUUCACUCCUUUCAAAAUUUUCAAAACAAAUCAUUCAACAAUGCACCGACCUGUAUGAUAAUGCUUGUUUUAAAGAUUCACUUGAAAAAAUUUUUAAUUGGAUUAUUUAUUAAGUUUUUAAGGAGAAUGUUGCUUGAUAGUAAGAACCUCUUACUGAAACAGUCUUUGGAGUAUUAGUGUAUUUACUUACUGGGAAAAUGUUUUACCUAGCUUCAGUCUACAAAGCUGUGAAAUCCCAGCUUUGAGAAGGGCUUCAACAUUGAUUAACAACUACUUCUAUUUUAAACGUCCAUUUGUAUACAUUUGGAAUUGUUCACAUAACACCAAUGCAACCAAUGCAGAGUUUUUGGGACAACACUGCAGUGGAGGUAAUAGGUUACAAUCAUCAUCUUCCCACCCUGUGCUAAGGAAGCUCGAAGUGACCUCAGGCCAUUUAUUUAUCAUGGCCAAAUCCUAAGAAGAGUCUACUGUUCAUUUCCCCACUGGUUUUUAUAGUUCUGUUGGGAGGUGGUAUCUCAACGAUUCCUUCUCUUUGCCAUCCUAAGGGUUAAUAAACUUUUUUUAGAGUCAUUUAUAUUUAAUGCAUGCUUUUUAAUCUUUUUUUCUUAAACUCAGGGAACUUAAAUUGGGAAUUAAGCCAUUUUCCCUGUCUGAAUUUUCGUAGGGCUACCCCAAGCUACUCCCACCUGUAGUGUAGCAAAUACAAUCUAUCUGGAACUCUUAGGAUCUGUGUUUUUGGGCUUUUAUGCUCAGGUAAAUCAGGUAUGUUCUGAAACUGACUGCAGACUACUACGCCAUGUAACAGUAUUUGUGGAAGCUUCCAAAAAUGGAUCUUGAGAGGUUUUAGCUUGAGUUAAGCCACUGUUGUCCUUGUGCUCUGGCACAUUGCCUUUCCUUGGGGAGGUAAGAAGGGCUAUGGGAACCGACUCAGACACCUCAGAGCAGUGGAUUCCUAGUGCUGACAUAACCUACAUCCCUUUUUGUCUCAUUUCCUGCCCCCAGUUAAACUGUAGUUUAAGGCUCGACCAUGGUAGUUCCACAUAACAGUCAAGCAAGCCCAGAGGAGCUUGUCUGCAAUGCCUGUCAUUCUUUAUGAUUGUCUGUCAGCAUCACUGUUAAGGACUGUGAGCCAGCCCUUAAUGUUUCUCACAUUUGGCUCAUAGGCUUCUUCAAUGGGCAAAGGAACCGAGGGCUUCCCUUUACCACACCCACCCUAUUUAGAGGUUAAAAAAAAAAAUACAGGCUUGUCAGAGUCAGGAGGCCACUAAUCCCAGAAAUUAGGCCAGAAAUCCCACUAAUAGGUAAAUUUCUGAUUUGCACUGGAAGUUAGAUGAUAAGCACUAUGGUGCCAGUGGAUCAUGGUAGCCCAGGGUAGACUAAACUUCAGUAGCUGGUAUUCUGACCUCUGCAUCAGAAAUAAAUUAUGUGACACUGUAGGAUUCAGAAACUAUGCAGUAAUUUUUAGAAGUAAGUUCUUAGUGCUGUGAAUUUAAAUGAAGCAUAUAAGCUUCCACCUUAAAUCAUAAUUUUACUCAAAAAAGGUAGUUUCUAAUAGAUGCUGCAGAAGUCAGAACAGUAGUUUCUGGAGGGGUGUGGGGGAGUAAUGACCAGGAGG